CUGCCGGUCUCGCUCUGUGUCUCUCGGUCUCUUGCCCCUCGGCUCGCCUCGAGUCGUAGCGUAGAACGCGUGUGAACCAAAAGAAAUAAUAAUACUUUUUUUUUUGUUGAAUGGUGGCAUUAAACGGAACCCAACCAAAGAGCAACGUGAAAACCCAAGUGCUAAAUGUUCAAUGAUUGAAAUACGACACCUACAAAAUAAUAAAUCAGAAGGAAAAAAAAGAUAGAAUACAAGUGAAAAAUCAAUGUGAAACAAAGGAAAUGAUAUUGUAAAGGCAAACGCAGAGAGAAAUCAACUAAAUGCCAAAGCGAGGCGAGGCAGCGGCUGAAAAUUGAAAUACAAAACUGACAUCGAAACAAAACAAAAACAAAGCAAAAACCAAAAAAAAAAAAAAACAGAAAUCGUGAAACGAAAGAAGCGACUCGACCGACACCCACACCACACCACUCCCCACCCAUCCACCACCGGCACCACCACCACCACCACCACCCAAACAAAUAUUGAAUGCGCGUGAGUGAGGACAAAUCCGAAAGCAGGUGUUUAAUACUCUCGGCUAACAACACAACACAACACUGGCGGCACUGUCUGUAACACUGGAAACAUGUUGCUGAGACGCUCGCCACACAGCGGCAUCCCCAAGAAGUCGCCGGGGCGUCGGACGCCAUCGCCAUCGUCAUCGCCAUCGCCAUCGCCCUCGCGGCCAUCUUCACACCCAACGAUGCCACUGCAACUGCAACUGCUGCUGCUACUAUGCCUGGCAUUUGUGGGCCAUGUCAGUGCACAAUUUGAUCGGACUAUCAGUGAACAGGAGAGCAAGUCUGUGGUCCUUCCCUGUCCCGUGAAUGAGGAAAAGUGCGGCAAGCUGCAUUCAUUGAAUUGGUUCAAAGGCGACGAUCGCAUUGCUGCCAUGCUGCUCGGCGAUAGCAAUGUGACGAGUGUGAAUAAAGAAUUUGAGGACAGAGUAACUGUUGAACAAAAUCCAUACAGACUAGUUAUUAAGGACCUGAAAAUAGGUGAUGAGGAUAUUUAUCUAUGUGAUACAACAUUUUUUAUACCAGAAGAAACGUGUGAUAACUUCAACGGAUAUCGAGUGGAAUUGAGAGUCUUAGUGCCACCCACUGAGGUUGUGAUUUUGGAUGCAAAGGGCGAUCGCAUCGAGAACGGCAGCGUGGUGGGUCCCAUGCAGGAGCGGCAGGCCCUGAAGGCCACUUGCACCGUGAAGAACACCCGGCCCCAGCCAGAUGUCGGCUGGUUCCGUGGCACCAAGCGCCUGGCAACAUACUCUCCCACUCAUGAUUUGAACGAUGGCCUCUACACUUCGACCCUGGAGUUGGAUUGGCAAUUAUCCCGCGAGGAUCUGGCUCAGGACAUAGAAUGCCGCGUGGAAUCCGCGGCCAUAAAGUCCACGAUUGUUACCAAAUUUAGCGUGGACCUGCAAGUGCGGCCGACGAGCAUACUCAUCAAGGGAGUGGAACAUCAUACGGUGCAGGGCAGCAAAGUAGUGCUGCAAUGUGACAUUCACGGUGCUCGCCCGGCUGUUAACCUCACGUGGUACAACACAACCUCGACCAUCAGCGCGGAGGAGAAUGAUUUAACUGAGAUUCGGACCAAGGCGUUCGAGAAGGAGGAUGGCACCUAUCACACACAAUCAGAGCUCGUGUUCAAUGCCUCCCGCUUCGAGAACGAUCGUGUCUUCAAAUGCGAGGCCGAAAACAUUGUUCUGCAGAUCAACAGAGAGAAGCCAAUCGCAUCGUCUCUAACACUGGAAGUGUUGUAUCCUCCCGUCGUCAAGGUCAGUCCGCCUGAAAUGGUCACCAAUACCAGUGAAAUAGUCCUCCUGAACUGUGAAUAUUUCGCCAAUCCUGCAUCUUUAACCCAAGUUGUAUGGUACCGCAACGGCGACAUCGUCAAUGUGAACGAUACGGAUCACUACCAAGGCGGUAAUUCGGAAAAUGUGGCUCUGGUAAUCAAGUCCACCGAUAAGGAGGACGUUGGCAACUAUUCGUGUCAGCUAUCGAACUCGAUUGGCAAGGGCAUAUCGGAGCAGCAGAUAGAUCUUGAUGUCCAGUAUGUUCCCGUUGUGGAGGUUCUAAUGAUACCCGAGGGACCUGUGAAGGAAAGCGACGAGUCGAAUGUCACCCUCUUUUGCAAUAUUUUAGAGGCAAAUCCUUCAGUUCUCACGAAAGUGCGAUGGUACGCCAAUGCCACGCUGCUCAAGGAGCUGCCCGACUGCGAGGAAACUAGAGAGGAUCUGUGCCAUAUCGAUCCCAGUAAACUGUUGUUGGAAAGCAUCGGACGGGGAUUUUUCUACAAUUACUCCUGCGAGGGCUUCAAUGCUGCUGGCUGGGGUCCGCGCAGCGAAGAGAAAGAGCUGAUGGUACACUACGAGCCAGGACCUGCUACCCUGACGCACUUUCCGCCCAUUGCUGUGAAAAAGAAGAGCGUCAUCUUCUCGUGCUCUGUGGACGAUCCGGGAUACCCGGAAUCGAAUAGAUAUCGUUGGCUGCGCGGCGGUCGCGGUCCGCUGCAGGACAUUGUCACCAAGGACUGGACGGUGGAACCUGUUGGCCUCGACAGUCGGACCAACUAUUCCUGCUAUGCGUACAACGAGGGCGGCAAGGGCGUAAUGGCCACAGUCAAUUUGGAGGUACACGCACCGCCAUUUUUCAUCAAGAACCUGCCACAGUAUACGGGCGUGCUGCACUCCACCCGCAACGCCAAUCUAACCUGUCGCAUCGAGUGCGUUCCGCGCUGCGAGAUAUCCUGGCAGAAGGACGGCACCCCCAUCGAGAAGAACGAUACCCGCUACUUUGUCAAGGAGAAGUACAUGGACGCCUCGCCGGCCACCGGCGACUUUGAGAGCAUGCUAUCGGUUCUGCACUUUAACAUGUCAAAUUGGGCAAAUUCGAAAUUCGAUAUCUUGGCGGAUAGUGCCAACUACACGUGCGUCUCGACGGCCAAUUCUGUGGGAGCUGGCAUCAGGAGUGGCACCUAUUUGGGCAUUGAAUAUGCACCCAUCAACACAACCGUCGCGAAUGCCACCGUCUAUGUGCAGGAAGACACCAUCCCAGGACGCGUCAUCUGCAAAUCAUUUGGUAAUCCAGAACCUUCCUAUGAGUGGCGGUUCAAGGACAAGACGAUAACGAGGGGCAGUGCUCUGAUCAUCAAUACUCCCAUGCAACGCAACGACAACGGCACCUACACCUGCGUGGCCUUCAACAAACACGGCAAGAGCACGGCUGAAACCGUCAUCGAAGUGCAGUUUAAGCCGCGCUGCGAAAUCGAGAGACGGGAGAUCGACGAUCAGGACACUCUGAUUUGCACAGCAUUCGGUAACCCCGUGGAGGCUGAUUUUUCAUGGUCAAUUAAGGCGGAGAACGAAACUGUUGAAUAUUUGGGCAGCGGCGACGAGAAGUCGUUUGCGGACAAGAGCUUCUAUGUCCUGCAGGAGGACUAUGCCAUUGCCAGGACCUACAGAUGCGUGGCCAAUAACACGGUUGGAUCGGGUGCAUUCUGUGAAAUCGAAGUUGCUGAACAAUUGGCCUGGUGGCAGCGCUGGGAGAAGACGACGCUCAUCAUACUGGUUGCAGCCAUUCUGGGACUGCUGCUGGCCGUCAUUAUCAUUUGCUGUAUAAUCAUAUGCGUCUGCCGUCGUCGCCGGCGCCAGGAUAAAUUACACGACAAGUCGUCUUCACUGGGGGAACCAUUGACGGAACCUGGCGAGUAUGAGAAUCUACCGUUUCAUGGUCUGCAAACGGCACCUAACAAGUUCUCUACUACCCCCACAAAUUUUAAUAACAACACAAAUGUGGUGCGCGUCGCUCCACGACCCAAGAGACUAAAUGGAAGUAUCAGUCAGCCGUCGAACAGCCAGCAACAGCAGCUGCAGCAGCAGCAUCAUCACCAGACUCUGCAGCAUCCUCAUCCACACCAGCAGCAACAUUACUGCGACCUGCAGCAGCAGCAGCAACAGCAGCAGCAGCAGCAACAGCAGCAGCAGCAGCAGCAGCACUACAACCACCAGAAACCUGGACCACAAUACAAUACCAUGCACCACCUGCCAGCCCCACAUAAUCAGGACUCGGGCACACAUCAAGUGCAAUAUAAUUUGAGCAACUGCUUCCCCAAGAGCUACACCGAGUACUACCAGCAGCAUCAGCAGCACCAACAGAUCCAGAAGCAGCAAUUACCACCGGCCAUGGCCACGACCCAGCAGCAACAGAAGUUCAACACCAACUCCUCGUCGAAUGUGCAGCUCCUGAACGCCAUCGAGCACGACUACCAGCCCACCUAUGCCGUGGUGGAGCGCGUUCCGGCACCGCCGCCGCCACCCGUGCCCAGCACGGCGCUGCUCAACACGAACCCCUUCCUGGCGGCCAGCAACUUCCGGAAGUACGAUGCAACGGGGGAGGAGCUGCACGGCAGCGUCAGCGGCAGCAUGCAACGGGGCAAGAAGACCAAAGGAGUCGUGGAAAUGGACAAGAAGUUUUACUCUCUGAAGUUCCCGGGCGGCGGCGGCGCCAAGGUCAAGAAGCCAGCUGCGUACAAUGGGAAUAUUAGUACUCCACUGGGCUCGACCACGUCCCCCACCUCCGCCACCGACUCAUCCUCUGCGUCGAAGUGCAAGAGACAUCAUUCCUUUGCUGGCAAUAGCCAUAGCGAUAUUGACUCCGGUGGCAAGCCCAUGCGGCUCUAUGAUCCGCCCGUCUACGAGAACGUAGCCGAGAAAUGCCACGUCGACGCGGCCAUGGACAUGGGCGGCGGCAGCAGCAACCUUCACACCAAUCCAAAUCUGGCCACUGUGCAGCUGCACACGCACUCUGGUGGAGGCGGAGGGGGAUCUGCUGUCGUCCAGCAGAAGAAAAAACAUCACCAUCGCCAUCACCAGCAAAAAAAUGAUCCAGGAGGUGGAGGAAGUGGCGCCGAGUUCCAGCUGAUGGAGCCCGAACGCCUCAGCAUCUAUCGCAGCGACUCGGGUAUAUCGAACAGCUCCUACGAGUCGCAGCUGCCAUCCGGCUUGUCGCAGCAGCAGCACCGCCCAUCGAAGGCCCACAAAUCAGGAGCAGGGGCCGGGGCCGGGGCCGGGGCAGGGGCAGGGACACUGGCAAAUGCCAGCGCAUCUGGUGCGCUGUGUCGGAAAACGGUCUACAUAAAUAUGGAGGGACAGUGUGCCGGCCUGAUUCAUGCAGACUCGCCGACACAUGUGCACUCGUCCUACGAGUCCGCCUCGUCCACCAGCCACGUGGGCGGCGGUGGCGGGGGCGGGUCGGCCCUCGCCGUGGAUCCGACAUCGCUCUCGUCCUGCACAUCGCUGUACAGCAGCGGCACCAGCGGCACAGCUGCCUCCCUCCGCUUUAGCCGUCACCAGCACCAGCACAAUCAAGCCAUGGCGAAUGAAAUCACGACUCCCGAAGACUUUGAGCAGUACCAACUGGGCCACCAUCCGACGCACUCGGCCUCCACGCUCUCGGUGGCCAGCAGUCUUAAUGCUUCCGGAAGGGGAAAAUGCAAAGCAGGCCCACCACCCCAGUACAGUCCUCACGAGACCAACAAAACGCUGGCUACUAAUCCAUUUCUAGCCAAUAAACGGAACAACGGCGGCGUCGGUGGCGGCUGCCUCGGGAACAAGAAACUACGACGGCAAACCAUCAGCGACCCCUACGCACAUAUCAAACGGCGGCAGUACGAUGGUUAUGCAAACGCAGCAGCCGACUAUGAUGUCGACACCAAUAUUACCCGCAGCCACAAUUCAGAAGCCCCUAAUGCCCACGGUGAUAGCUGCCCCACCAAAUCUGCGACAGUUGAAUCAGCAGCAACAGCAACGUCAGCAGCACGCCAGCAGCAAAUUGGCAACAGCAACACGGGCUUUAGCCACAUCAAGAUCGGGAAUGGCGCCAGUGCCAGUGCCAGUGCCAGUGCAAGUGCCAGUGGAGAACAUCAAGCACAAUUGCUAAUGCCCAAUGAAUUGCUGCUGCAGGCAUCCCGAUUAGGUUCUUUCGCCACCGUCGACAAUUUGAGAUAUGUACCGCCGCUGACUCCGGUCAAUGGUCCACUGCGACGGCCCCUGGCGGAUGGCGGGGCCUAUGACUGUCUGGUGGUGCGACGUCCAAUACGCCUGCCCCUGCGUAAGCACCACACCUUCCAUUUUCAGAGCAACCAGACGGCCAAUGGGCGGCUGCAACAGCUGCGCCAGCAACUGCAGCACCAGCAGCGGGAGAGGGAACAUUUGGAGCAGGAUGUGGGCUCUCUGGUGUACCGUCCAUUGGCUCUGAAUGAGCGGCAUGCCUUCAAGCCAAUUUCACCAACUCCCGCCAUGGCAGCUGCUGGACCAGAGGAGGCAGAAGAAUCAGAGGCACAGGAACAGCAGCAGCAGCAGCCACAGAAGCAGCCCCCUGGUACAACUGGACAACUAAAUCCCGCCGCCUCAUUAGAGGCAUUAGAGCUUCUAACUAAAACGCAUCCAGACUUUAUGUUCCCGCGGUCAAGCUACCCACAGAACAAGCCCACCACGGAGGAGGGAAUAGAAUUAUCUGCACGGCCAUCAUCAGCACAAGGGACGGUGGAGGUGGAGGCAGAGGUGGAGGAAGACGAGGAUCUGGGCUAUAGCUUCUGCGAAGAGGAGUACAUGGUGGACAACGAUAACGAUAACGAUAACGAUGAUGCCAGCAGCCUGCAAACAACCACAGCACCGACUAACACCCCAGUCCGUAGCUCAAACCAGGAAUCGGCGAUUCCACUGAACGCCGCCAGGUUCGAUGAUGAAUUCAUCUAUGCUGAUCUCGAGAGUCAACACUAUGGGCCCAUCAACUACAAGGCGGCCUCCCUGUACGCCCAGGUCAAGAAGAACAAGAAGACGGGAGCUCUGGAGGAGCUCAAGUAGAAGCCGGAGAGACGCACGACCCUCUUCUGCUUAGCAGUGCAUUUUUCUAUACUUUGUAGCGGGUUUCGUUCUUACUUUAUAAAUCAGUUUUUUUUUUUUUACAUUAUCUUUUUCUUUUCUGAUAAAAUGAGCUUUUCAAAUGGGGAAAAAGGUACUAAGGAAAUGGUUUAAAUAAAACAAAACAAAACGAAUAACGAAUUUCUUAAACUAGUAAAGCGAAUAACAGUCAUGUCAUUGCUAUAAAAUAAUAUACGAUAGGAGCUACUAUCGCAUUGGUCUAGCAGGAAAAUUAGAAAACAUUUUCACAGUCAAAUUUACAUAUGUAUGUAUAUGUAUGUAUGUACGAGUAUCAUCAGAUAAUGUAAUGUAAUAGUAAACAAUAGUAAUAAAUAUACUACCAUACAUAUAUACGAGUACGCAUAACGAAUCAGAUAAAUGUAUUGUCUGAAGGACGUGUGGACGUUGCAAUAAAAUUGUCAUUUUUUAACGGAAAUUUCAAUACUUUUGUUGCAUACGGCACACGGAUACGACAGCAAUCGACGACCCAUUUUGAAAAUACAAAUCAUACAAAAUUAAAGCUCAUACAUAUUUAAAAUCGAACAAAACAAAAAGAAAAUAUUCAACAUUCAAAUAAUAUUGAAAGUGUAUAAUUUUGUGAAAAUAUCGAAAACCUAUACCAUAUUCGAGUGUGUUUUCGAACCGAACAAUGAGCGAAAUCAUAGAAGGGAAGGGGGCUCAUUUUUGUUAUGCAAUUUAUUGUAAUUAUUUAAAUAUAUAAUUUAUUAUUCAUUCUAUGAAGAACAUAAACAGACAAA